GGGACUAUCAUCUCUUCCACCCACUUAAGGAAUUUUUAGGAGGAAAAAAAUUCAAGUCGAAUGAGGAGGUUAUUGACGCUGUGCAAGAAUGUGUCAACAUGCAAUCAAAUGACUUGUACUCUUCUGGGAUUAAGAAGUUUCCUGAGCACUGGAACAAGGGUAUUGCAGUGGCUGGAGACUAUAUAUUAAAAUAGUGUAAUCUUCAAACAUGAGACAUAAAUGUAUGAUGCAUGAACACUUUAUAAAGGGCUACAAAUUUGAGGAUUGGAUGUCCAAACUUCCAGAGCAACUUUGGGAUAUUCCCUUAUAUAAUCUUGCAAUUCCAGGGAGUCAUGAUACCAUGAGUUACUGCCUGGAUAUUAACUCACCUAUUGAUAAGUCAGGACCCAAAAUCUUAAAACUUGCGGAUAAAAUAUUUCCAUGUUUUGUUCGGCCACAGAUUUACAAAUGGAGCACCACCCAGGAGAAAAAUAUUGUGGAACAGCUAGAUGCUGGUAUUCGAUACUUUGAUUUGAGGAUUAGCCACAAGGAUCAUGAUACAUCUAGCAACUUGUACUUUUCUCAUGGAUUAUACACGCUUCUGUCAGUUAAGGAGGUGCUGACAUUUAUUGCACAGUGGCUUGAAAAUCAUCAGAAGGAAGUGGUUAUUUUAGCAUGUAGCCAUUUUCAGGGAAUGACCGAAGACCUCCAUAAGCAUCUAAUUUCUUUGUUGAAGAACAUUUUUAAUGCCAAGCUUUGCCUGAAUUCAGACACAGUAACUCUGUGGAAUAUGUGGAAACUUGGCCACCAAGUUAUUGUUUCAUACGAUAAUCCAAUUGCUGAACAGCAUUGUGAGUUAUGGCCUGUAAUAUCUUAUUGGUGGGCAGACAGCAUGGAUCCAAAAGAUGUUGUGCAGUACAUGAUUAAUUUGCAAAAGAAUGGACGUCCAGGAACAUUUUUUGUGGCUGGCCUUAAUCUUACAGAAAAUUGGAAAUUUAUUUUGACUCAUCUCCGCAAGUCAAUGAAGACACUCACUUUAAAAGCCUAUCCUUUUUUAAUGAGCUGGGUUCGAAAACAGACUCCAGGAUCAGACAGAGCAUGUCUGAAUAUCAUUGCUGGUGAUUUUAUUGGGCUCUAUGAUAUGGUUCCUGAAAUCAUUUCUCUCAAUACAAAACUUUUGAUGAGCAUUACCUGAACACACACUAACUUGAUUCUGGAACAUAUGCCUCGUUUCAGGAAUGAAUAUGUGACAAAUGGCAGUACUAGUUUAUAUGAUUCUUUACAUCAUUAUUCUAAUGGGAGGUCAUGAAAUAUGUGUUAUAUGAGAAUGCUAUUUUGACAUUCCAUAAACAUGCACUUUAUUUUUCUUUGUCUUUUAGUAGCAACAUAGAUAAAAAAAAUGGGGUUGUAAGUAAAAUAAAAGUUGAAAAUAUUUUUAUUUACUUCCCUAUUUAAUUUUAAUCUGCUAAGUAAAUCAAGUUGGGAAUAUUAUUUGUGGACAACAUAUCACAGACUUCUAGAAGGCAGUAGAGUUCAGUCUCUCUUUUAUUCUGCAAGCAAGAAUGAGGUUUUAAUUAUGUUAUUCUACCUGACUGAAAUGUCAGAGCCAAAAUUUCCACAGAUUUAUAAAGUUUUUUAAUAAGUCGCCUGUGCCUAAAGUUACAAAAAUAAUUUAUAUGUACGAGUACUUUUAUUAAUAUAUUUCAGUUUAAUGGUGUACUUUGUGAAAUAUGUUAUUGAUCAUUUGAUUAGAUCUGUUUUGAUUGUGGAUAUACAUGCUGACUUAGUCCAGUAGUAUGAGAACUAUGUGGAGACUUUGUCAGCAUAGUCAAAGUGCCAACACUUAAAAAUGGCAACCCAAAGCUUACAUUAUACACCUUUGUAAAUUAUAAAAAAAGCCAAAAAAUCUUCACAGAGAUGGCAUGUAGUAUGUGACAUGUAAAUGUGUUUAUUUGUGAAUCAAGACAUAACUGAUAUGUUAUCAGGUGCUACAGCGGCUCGUACAAAUGUCUUCUGAACAAAUUUGGAAAUGCUAAUUUUAUUUUAGAUUUUAAACUAGUAAACUCCUAGUGCAGCAUGUCAUGUCCAUAAACAAAUAAGCCAUUGCUCAAAGUAUGUUUAAGUGGCCACUUAAUAAACAUUCCUUAUUACUGUACUCAUUAAGAAGCCACGGCAAGUGUUUAAGGAUAUACUGUAGCUUGCAAUGAGCACUUUGCAGUAAUGCAUCCAUCAAAAUUGGUGGAAGUGUUUCCAUGUGGCUCCAAAUAGCAAGAGUCCUGUUUUCUUACGAGUGAUUCAUUUUACCUAAUUUAAAUGAAAUUAUUAAGUUAUAGUAUACAGUAAACUCAAGAAUCACGUCACAUAUUUACCAUUUAAAACCAAAUAACUUUAGAUUGAUUUUUAAUUGUACUUGGUAAAUGAAUUACAUGUAUUAGACUACAGUGAGGUACAGUAUUCCACAUUUCAAAGAAUAACUAAAGCUGUACCCUCCAUCCACCCAUUAUCUAUCCCGCUAUAUCCUAACCACAGGGUCACGGGGGGUCUGCUGUAGCCAGUCCCAGCCA